AUGAGAGGAUACUCAACGAAGAAGAUGAUGUUUCUGCAGCUUCUCACGCCAAUCAUGUUGCUUCAUCUCUUCAUCUCGUCUUCCUCUGGUGAAGAAUCAGUUAACUCAAGUGAGAACAGAGUAUGUGUUUCUAAAGGAGGACGAUACGAGUUAGAAGGAAAGCUUCCCAAGUUUGCUGAUCUUGAGUUUAAGGAUCUAAACAUGUGUAACGUGUUCCAUGGCAAGACUUGUUGCUCUGCUUCACAAAUGCUCUCUGUUUCAUUAGCUCUCCAAAACCUAGCCGUUCAUGGAGAAGCUUCUAAGGAAUGCUUGUUCUGGUUUGAGCUUUUGGAAUGUUCAAUCUGUCAUCCAGACGUUGGAACUCAGUUAGAUUCUAUACGCAUCUGUGCCUCCUUCUGUGACAGUGUCUUUGAGGCUUGCUCUGAUGCUUACUUCACUAGUGAUGACACUAAUCAGGUUAUAGUACCGUGUGGAGCAAGCAAUGGUAUCAUCUGCGUGAAAGUGUCCAAGUGGGGGACUAAUGGCACAGCGUUCUGUGAUGCAUUGGGUUUCACUGUUCAAACAGCUGAUGAUUCACCUUGUUACGGAAGCAAAACUAGUUUAGAGUCAAUGGUGAAGUUACUCACAAAGACUGAGAAUGGUGCUUGGUUUCAAGAUCUGAAGAAGCUAGUUAGUGAGAUGACACUGUCUCAACAGUUCUCUUGGGUUGCCACAUUUACUGUACUUGGAACAAUGCUCUUCAACAGGUGGCGUUACCAGCAGCAGAUGCAAGCUAUGAUCCAGAGAGAUGCAAGAAGAUUGAUAAGGAACAACAUGAAUGGGAGGAUUUAA